CAACCAAUGUCUUGCGUAAUCAGCUGGGAAACACGCAGCUGAAUCUUCGAAAUUACCUGUUGCAUUUAAUAGUUUAGGCACAAAUUAUAUACCAUGUCAUUCCUGCGCAAAUCGGUGCACAUAUUGGGCUCUGUGGCGAGGCGCCAACAGCACCUUAAGGUGAUUCGAGGAGCGAUCUCGACAGCUGCGCGGGACUACAGCUCUAAGCCAGCGGAUGACUACGCCAAUUUUCCCGGCGCUAAGGCUCCGUUUGUCAGCAAGUUAAAUCUGAUUCAGCCAGAAGACUAUGCACCAAUACCUAUUUACCGGGUGAUGGACCAGGACGGCUAUAUAGCGGAUGAGACCCAGGAUCCACAGCUGGGCCGUGAGGUGGUGGAGAAAAUGUUCCGCGAUAUGGUACUGUUGAACACCAUGGACAAAAUCCUGUACGAGUCCCAGCGACAGGGCAGAAUAUCGUUCUACAUGACCAAUUUCGGCGAGGAGGCUUCACACAUUGGCAGUGCCGCCGCCUUGGAGAUGCGGGAUCUUAUCUAUGGACAGUAUCGCGAAGCUGGUGUUUUGGUAUGGCGCGGCUUUCGCAUCGACCAGUUUAUCGAUCAGUGUUAUGGCAACACGGAAGACUUGGGUCGCGGCAAGCAGAUGCCCGUCCACUACGGCUCAAGGGAACUUAACUUUGUUACCAUCUCCAGUCCACUUUCCACCCAAAUGCCUCAGGCCGUUGGUGCCGCCUACGCCAUGAAAUUGAAGCCAAACAACGAUGCUUGUGUAGUCUGUUACUUCGGCGAGGGAGCUGCUUCCGAGGGAGAUGCACACGCCGCCUUCAACUUUGCUGCCACUUUGGGUAGUCCGGUUAUCCUCUUCUGUCGCAACAACGGUUUCGCCAUAUCCACUCCAUCCCAUGAACAGUACAGGGGCGAUGGAAUCGCAGGUCGCGGACCUAUGGGCUAUGGAAUUACUACCAUUCGAGUUGAUGGCACAGACGUAUUCGCUGUGUAUAAUGCGAUGAAGGCUGCCAGGGAGUAUGUCCUUAAGGAGAACAAACCGGUGGUGUUCGAGGCCUUGGCCUAUCGAGUGGGCCACCAUUCUACCUCAGAUGAUAGUACAGCCUACAGACCUGCGGAGGAGAUCGAGGUUUGGAACACGGUGGAACACCCAAUAUCGAAGCUCAAGCGAUACAUGGUGCACAAAGGCUGGUUCGACGAGGAUGUCGAAAACGAAUACGUCAAGGAUAUCAGGAAAAAGGUUUUGAAGCAGAUUGCAGUGUCCGAGAAGAAACUUAAGCCCAACUGGCGUGAGAUGUUCGAAGGCGUCUACGCGGAGAUGCCGCAGCAUUUAAUAGAGCAGCGUAAGGAGCUGGAAAAACACAUCGAGGCCCACAAGGAGCACUAUCCCUUGAAGAACUUUGAGAAAUAGAUUCCACGUGCCAGAAAGAUGCUAACAACUCAGAAAUCAAAGCGAACCGAGAGACUCGAUCGAAAGUGCAUUUAUUAUGAUUAAGCAAUAGGCAAACAAUUUUCUGUGGGUUCAACCCGUUUGUUAUGACUCAUCUGUGCAGGUGGGUCGGUGGAUAUGUGAAAUUAGACACUUUUAUUGGGUUUUCUCUCGUUUAUGAAUAGAAUAAACUUGGUUGCAUCCUA